UGUGAUGGGAGCAGAGCACUUGUGAGGGAAUGUAACAACAUCUCCAGCUGCCAUGAAGUAUUUCCACUACGUUUUACAACGGAGAGGAAGCCAUCACGUGGUAAAAUGGAAAUCUACAGAAAUAGUAGCUGGCAAAAGCUUUGCACCAGUAACUGGAAUAAAGUUGAAGAAGACUUGACUUGCAUGGCAAUGGGAUACUUUAACAGCGGUGACUAUGGUAGAUGGUAUGAAGACAGAAACAAUGAAUCAGAGACUUCUAUAAACUACAAUUGUACCACCAUUCUGAGAAAAUGUGAAGACCACUUUUCAAAAGAAUUGCAACUCUGCAAAGUUCCCGUUCGCUUGAAUGGUGCAAAUGUAGAGUAUGGUGGAAGAGUGGAAGUAUUUUAUAAAGGGAAUUGGGGAAAAAUAUGUACCAGUGAUUGGGAUUUCAAUGAUGUCAAAGUUAUUUGUCGUCAACUUGGCUUUCAAGAGGCCCUUGCUGAGUUCAUUGGCUCAAAUGUGGAGAAUGAGAACAUUAGUACAGUAAUGUUUGAUGUUUCUUGCACUGGAAAUGAGGAAGAACUUGCAUCUUGUGCUCGCUCUGAUGGAAAGUUUAAUGUCCCAAGUCAAUGUCAAGGAGAUGGCAAAGGUUCUCAAGCAUUGUGUCAACCAAAGAACAAACAAGUAUUGGGGAAAGAGAAACUUUUCUUUGAUAUUGGUAACAAAGAAAAUCUUUACUGCUCAAUACUUAACAAAACCAGUUUUGCAAGGUGGAUUAUUAAUGGUAAAAAGAUGCAAAAUAGAACUUCUCCUUCUGAGAGGGUCCAGACCAAAAAAGAUGGUGAGCUGGUCAUAGAAAAUGUGCAGUUGUCUGAUGGAGGAACAUAUGAAUGCUACAGAUUGGAAUAUGUUCAGUAUUACACAGUUUACAUUAAUGCAAGAUUCACUGAAAACACUCAAGACGAGCAGAGCCUUGUUGCUUACACAUCUGGUAUCAUAAACUGUAGUGCUGAAGGAAUACCACCUCCACUGAUAACUUUGAGCAAACAAGGAAGAAUUUUAUUGGUUAAUGGGGGAGGAUUUGCUCAAAUUACCAGUGGCAAUCUACGCAUUAGUCUUGUACAACCAGGAGACAAUGGAACAUACAUCUGUACCAUGAAACAGAAUAAAGGACCAAAUAGGGUCACAAGCACACCUAAGAACAUACUUGUGUCUGUUAUAGUUCGACCAGAGGUUAGUGUUUCAGGAGCAAGCAAUUUCAUCAUUGAAGGAGAAAAUGUGACUUUGACCUGUAAAAUCAUUCAAGGUCAACCUCAACCACAGAUAACCUGGUUUAAGAAUAACGAAUUGAAAGGAAACACCAUGUCUCUCUCCUUCAAUGAUAUAAAGAAGGAAGAUGCAGGACUGUACACCUGUGAAGCAAAAAAUGUCGGAGGCAGUUCCACUGGAAAUAUUAAUAUUACAGUUAAAGUUCCACCACAUUUAAAUCCUGACCUCAAGAAUCAUGCAGUUCCAUUGAACUCCACUUUUAUAGCAACUUGUUAUGUAAGGGGUGAUCCUCCAGUAUCUGUCAAUUGGACCAAGGAUGGAAAAGCUCUUGGUCACAACAACAAAAUAGUCAUUAAGCCUGUAACUUUUGAUGAUGAAGGUAUCUAUAAAUGUACUGCUUACAAUCGGGCUGGAAACAAUUACACCUCCUUCUCGAUAAAUGUAACUGUGUCCCCUCAGAUUUUAUUGUCUCCAGUAAACCAAUCUGUUAUUGAUGGACACCCUGUCAACUUUACUUGCCGUGCUUCAGGUGUUCCAACGCCAAAAGUGACCUGGACAUUUGAUGAUAAUGAACUUCCGUUUGGUAUUAAUCAAACCAAUUUUGAGAGAGACUCAUUCGUGGAAUCAUUCCUAGAAAUGCCACGAACAACAAAGGAAAUGAAAGGAACAUACAAGUGCACAGCAAAAAACCAAGCAAAUUCAUUAAGUUCUUCAGCAACACUUGAAGUUUUUGUACCACCACAUUUAAAUCCUGGACUCAAGAAUCGUUCAAUUACAUUGAACUCCACAUUUACAACAACUUGUUUUGUAAGGGGCGAUCCUCCAGUAUCUAUCAAGUGGACCAAGAAUGGAGAAGCUCUUGGCAACAACAACACGUUAAUUAUUAAGUACGUGACUUUUGAUGAUGAGGGUUUCUAUGAAUGUGCCGCUGAAAAUCUGGCUGGAAAAGCUAGCACCUCCUUCUGGAUUGCAGCUACUGUGUCUCCUAGGAUUUUAUUGUCUCCAGUAAAUCAGUCUGUUACUUAUGAAGACCCUGUCAACUUUACUUGCCGUGCUUCAGGUGUUCCAACACCAAAAGUGACGUGGACGUUUAAAGGCGGUAAACUCCAAUCAGGUAUUAAUAAAAAGAAUUUUGAGCGGGACUUAUUCGUGGAAUCAUUCCUGGAAACACCGCGAACAAAAAAGGAAAUGGCAGGAACAUAUGAGUGCACAGCAGAAAACAAAGCAAAUACAAUAAGUUCUUCAGCAACACUUCAAGUUUUUGAAAAACCAACUGCGGAAUUGAUUCCAAAACCAUAUCCAACCCUCACUUCAGGUAAUGAGCUGAGGUUAACUUGCAUUGCCAACGCAGCAACAGUAAAUAUCACUUGGAAAAAAAAUGGAGACCAAAUAAAGAAGAGAGCCGACAUCUUUACGCGACUGAAUGAGACAAAAAGUUACCUGGUUAUUGCAAAGGUUGUGGAGGAGGACAGUGGUGUAUAUUCCUGUGAAGCUCGUAACAGACUAGGAAAUGUGGCCCGCUCCACUGUGACAAUAACUGUGAGGGUGAGGAGUCCAUCCCUGGUGUGGUAUUAUAUUGUUGGAUCAGUGGCUGCUGUCAUUGUUAUUUUGCUCGUAUGCUGGUAUUUUUGGAAACGUCGAAGGACAGCUGUUGCUAUGCCUCUUCCUAAUCAAGGGCAGGCAGUUGAGAUGGAGCUGUCGAAUAUAGAAGUGGACGAAUGGGAGGUUGAAGUAAACCGUGUUCUGCUUCAAGAGGUCAUUGGGCGUGGGUCAUUUGGAGCAGUGUGGAGAGCUCUUCUUAGUUCUCCAAAUGGGAGGCCUGGAAAUCGCACAGUUGCUGCUAAAUGCUUCACACCCACUGCAGGGGAGGAAGGAAGGAAAUGUUUGAUGAGAGAGAUCGAGUUGGGAAAAAUUCUCGGUGAAAGCAAUCAGCCAAAUAUAGUGAAGUUCAUUGGCUGCGUCACUAGACAAGUUCAUCCAAUCCUUAUCAUGGAAUACUUGCCAUGCGGUGACUUGCUUGGCUACAUGAGAAAAUGCCGGGGAAUUAAGGAUCGGUAUUAUCUUGGAGAAGGAAGAGCUCAAGCUUUGAACAACUAUGACCUUGUGCUAUUUGCCAAACAAAUUGCUGCUGGUAUGGUAUUCCUUGGAUCAAGAGGAAUAAUCCACCGAGACCUGGCAGCUCGAAACGUCCUCCUUGAUAAUAACUAUGUGUGCAAAGUGACCGACUUUGGCAUGGCAUAUCAAAACUUCAAGUAUGGUCAUGGAAAUGCCAAAAAGGGCUGUUUGCCAAUUAAAUGGACUCCACCUGAGAUUUUGUUGGGAAAUCUUGCUGGACUUUCCACCUUGAGUGACGUGUGGUCUUACGGAAUCGUUCUGUAUGAGAUAGUUACCCUUGGAGGAAUUCCAUAUGACGGAUGGUCAGAAGGCAACGUAGUUGCACAGGUCACUCAUGGAUACAAACUUCCAAAGCCCGAUCAUGUUGAUGAUAAACUUUAUGCUAUAAUGAAAAGAUGCUGGAAUUUUAACCCCGACUUCCGUCCUCCCUUUGAAAACCUUCGCAGAAGAAUGGAUACCUACCUUCGUGAAGAGACAUAUCUGCAGCUGCUCGACAUGGGAUCUUAUGACACGACCAAAUACUCCAAAGUUGAAGAUCUCGGAGAUGAAGAUGCCGAGCCAACAGUACGAGCUACAGGGAGCGCAGUGGCAAAGCGAUUGGGAAAAUGGGCCAGCGACCGUCGUUAGACGCUGCCAUUUUGAAUACUGCUUAGGAACCCGGCCGCUAGGGUACAUUUCAGACACUUUGUAGUAAAUCAAGUACUAGAAAAUGUGUAUUGAUUAUAACUGUGAUAAUUCAAGGGUUUCAUCGCGUUAGAAUAAAUGAAAGCUGUGUCCUUAAUAGCAAACGUUUAUGUCAGUUUUUUCUUAAGUUGCAAUUGAUAAGCAACUCAAUUUCGACUCAGCUGAUUAAGUUAGGAUUAAAAAAGAGAGGAAUAAUAAAUUAGAAAACAGCUCGUUUAUGUAGAUUUCUGUAUCAGACAAACUAUUUACUCCUGUUGUACGUGAAACAAUAGAAAGAUUUGUCAGCAAUUAUUCUAAUGAAGUAUCCCCUGUUGGUGAUAAAGACUUAUCAAGAUAUUUAGUAGUUUAGUAUUGAUUUAGUCAUGGAGCAUAAACUACAACUAAUAUAUUUACCUUUCAAUUAAGUGUCAUUUAUCGACAAGAUCAUUUAUUGGGUGACAUAUCUUGUAAUGUAAUAUUGCAUGAGUCGUAAAUUCUUUAAAUUUUGUGUCGUUGGUAUCGGAAAACAACCAAGUACAUUGUUACUGACGUAUUUAACAUAACUGUUUUGCUGUUGUUAAAAAGCUUUUUCAUAAACGGAGAGAACCAUCUCAAUAGAGUGUUACUUAAAUCAAAUUAAUCGUUUUCCUUUUGUUUUCGACUCGUACAAGAAACUAAAAGCGCUAUUCAGAAGUGUUGGAGCUGAUAGGAACACCUUUGUCAUGAUUAAAUGGUCCGCCUAUUUAAAAAUGGAGAUUUUGUCCGAGCAAGGACGAGCGUUUUUUCCUGUACAUUGUGGAAACACACUAAGAUUUUUUUUAAAAUAAUGUUAAACACUCUAUAUAAUAUCUGCAAUAAAAGAGGCAUAUCGUAUGACACUU